ACGCAUGCUCGGUAGCUGGGAGGAAGUAGAAGCUAAUUUUCUCCUGGCGCUGGUGAGCUGCCGGUAGCGUGCGCCGGGCUCGUCUCCUCACUGCGAGAGACCUGCUCAGCCGCUCGACUCCGGCUGCCCCGCAGCUCCGGACCCUGCCCCCGCGACGUGCCCUGGUCUCGGGGGGGGGUGCUCGAGAACCCACCCAGCUCUUCCGUUCCCCCCUGUGACGAUAUAAGGGGCGGAGGGACCGGCCUGUCUGGGGCAACGAGCUGCCUGUGCCUGGCUGGGGGCUCCCCUGUAUGUGGGGGGACACCAGUGCAGCCUCCGUGUGGAUGGGGAGUGCCCCAUGGCCAGCUCCCCGCGAGGGUGGGUGGGUUGAGGGGUCGCGUUGGAGAGUGAGCGCCCUUGGCCGCAAAGGGUGCCAGGCACAGGUAAGAUCCUCGCCUUGCGCGUGGUUUGCCGUCAGCACUUUGCAAUAUCGGCUAUGGCGGCUGCUCUCCUAAAGCUGCUCCCUCUAGACCCAGGGGAUGAAGGCACGCAAAGAUGCAGGAUGGGACCUGCCACGUUAUCCACUCUGGGAGCCAGGCUCGGAUCCCCCCUUAGGAUCACGGUUCCUGGUGGCUGCUGUUUGUGCACCGCCUGGCCCAGAAAUGAUUUGGCUGAUGGUUACCUGCAGCUUGAUCUGAAAUGUAAAACUUCAGGUUUAGCUGCAAGCAAGUUGAAAGGUCUCGUGCUGAGUGUCAGUCACUUGAAGCUUUUGGCCUGUCACCGGUUGAGAAAAGUAACAGUGAAAGUGGUCCUUAAGAACCUUGCCCUGAAAAAAUCCACCCCAGAAGCAACACUACAGGAGAUAGUCAAAGAGCUGCUGAGAAAUGUGUAUGUUUCUCUUCACCAUGUUGUUACUGCUGCCCCAAUUCCUGGAAAUCCAGUAGUGUGUGUUGAAAUACUGGCUGUAGAUGCUUCGACAGAACAAGCUGGCCUGAUAGCUCCCAAAACUAAUAUAAACAUUAAAGAAGUAGUCACUUUAGAAUGGUACAGACACUUGUCAAAGGACACCGCAAAAAUUUCAGCUGCAGGAAUGGAUGAUUUGGGCAGCUCUUUGAAAGAGAUGAUUGUUUUGCCUUUCCAUUUUCCCAAAACCUUCAAGAAGUUGGGUCUUUCUGUCCCUCGUGGAGUACUGUUGAUGGGCCCUCCAGGUGUGGGGAAGACUCUUCUCAUAAAGGCAGUUGCAAGGGAAGUGGGGGCGUAUUUGCUUUGCAUCAGUGGUCCAGCUAUAUAUGGCUCAAGGCCUGGAGAAAGUGAAGAGAAUUUGCGAAGAGUUUUUGAACAAGGCAGGGAAUUGUCCAGUGAAGGACCAACCAUUCUCUUUAUUGAUGAAAUUGACUCUUUGUGCCCUAAACGGGGAAGUUCAAACAGCAUCCCUGAAAAUCGUAUUGUUGCUCAAUUGUUAACUCUUAUGGACGGCAUAGGCAGUGAAAAUGAGAUGGUCGUCAUGGCAGCAACAAACAGGCCCGAUGCCUUAGAUCCUGCACUGAGAAGACAUGGUAGAUUUGACCGAGAGGUUAUCAUUGGGACACCAACACUUAAACAGAGAAGGUCUAUUCUACAGUUGAUUACUUCUAAUAUGCCUAUUUCCACUGAUGUUGAUUUGAUCAACCUAGCAGAAAUGACAACUGGAUAUGUUGGAGCUGAUCUUACGGCACUCUGCAGAGAAGCUGCUAUGCAGGCUGUCCUCCACAGCUGUUUGGAUUCAGUUCGCACGUUGAUUAACAUGGCAGAUUUCCAUGAAGCUUUUAAAAAGAUUCAGCCAUCUUCCUUUCGAAGCAGUGUUGGACUAACUGACUUUAAACCUGUUACCUGGGAACAAAUUGGUGGUCUUGAAGAUGUGAAAUUAAAGUUAAAACAGAGUAUUGAGUGGCCUAUGAAGUUUCCUCAGGCUUUUGUGAGGAUGGGAUUGUCUCAGCCAAAGGGUAUUCUCCUAUAUGGGCCACCGGGAUGUGCCAAAACCACUCUGGUGAAGGCUGUGGCCACAAGCUGCCAUUGUUCCUUUCUUUCUGUUAGUGGUGCUGACCUUUUUUCACCUUAUGUUGGAGAUUCAGAGAAGAUUUUGUCUCAGGUUUUUCGACAAGCAAGAGCACAUACUCCAGCAAUAAUAUUCCUGGAUGAGAUUGAUUCUAUCCUAGGAUCUCGAUCAGCCUGCAAAACUGGACAUGGUGCCCCAGAGAAGGUUCUUUCUGUCCUUCUUAAUGAACUAGAUGGUGUUGGCAUUAAAGUCACAGAGAGAAGAGGAAAUAAAUUACAACUUGAAGGUGAUUGUCAAGAACAAAAUGAAAAGGAGAGACAGAUAGCGUUUCAAGAAGUUUUGAACAAAGAUGUCAUGAUAGUUGCUGCAACAAAUAGACCAGACAAGUUGGAUGAUGCCUUGUUGCGCCCUGGAAGGUUAGACAAGAUCAUCUAUAUUCCACCUCCAGAUCAGAAGGGAAGGCUUUCUAUUUUGAAAAUUUGCACAGAAAAAAUCCCAAUAGAUUCUGAUGUGUCAUUAGAACACCUAGCAGUUCAAACCAAACUCUUUUCUGGAGCCGAUAUUGAAAAUCUCUGCAAGGAGGCUGCUUUGCAGGCAUUACAAGAGAAUGGACUUGAAGCAACUAGUGUGAAACAUGAGCAUUUUGUAAAAUCACUGAAGACUGUAAAACCAUCAUUAACCCUCACAGAUUUGGAUUUUUAUGAAAAAUUAUUUAAUAAGGAAGUAUCCUCUUAAAUCAGAAAAAUUUGAAGAAUGACAUGCAAAAAUUGGUGGGUUUUUUUAAUCUGUUAUAUAAUCUUUUAUAAAUGCAUGAUUUUGUAUAACCCUUCUAAAAGUGACCUGCAAACAAAGGGCAGAAAAGUUUUAUGGUACCCAUUUUCCCUUCCUUACUGUAUAGAAAGAAGAAUUGAAAGGCUAUAUAUAUUCAUUCUGCUGGUUUUCGACAUAGAAGUAUUAAGCAUGGUCUUCCAUAGGACCUUCCACCUCUGAGUCCCAGUCAGUCAGCACUUCUGUGAGCCAGAAUGCAGCUCUAAAGACCAGUACCAGUAAGAGAUCUGACACAGUCUGAGAGGCCGUCCACAACCGCCAGAAAUCUUUGAGGAUUUACAUUGUAUAUUGAAAGCUGCUUUUAACUGAAGGCACAAGGUUAUUAAAUAUUAAAUGAAGAUUCAUUUUUUCCAAACCAUUAGAUGAUUGAAUUAAGUAGGUGUUAACAAAAUUAAAUUUUUAAAGUCUGAAUAAUAGUCACUUCUCAUCUCAGUAAGAUUUUUACUACUUUUGUACUGCAAUGUUGUCAUGAUCCUAUUAGCUCCCAAUGGUCCAUAGAAUAGUCUAAACUAGACAAGAACUAAAUAUCUAGUGCAAAGAAGAAAGCUUUUAGAAAAAAUAACCUUUUGUGCCAUAUUUAUACUUUAAAAAGAAAUAAAAAAAGGGGCAUAAAUUACUUUUUUCUCGUGCUGUUCACCUUUCACAUAAGGCUAUAUUUGCAAUCAUCAUUUGAAGCACAGAUAUUUUUUCCCCCUAUGGACUGCAACUUGCAUUAUCUUGUGUGUGUGCUGCUUUUUAAUAUUGUAUUAUAGUUUUCUGGUUUUGUAUGUAAUAUAGCAAGGUUUUACUUGUUCUAGAUUACAAAAAUCUUUCACAUUAAAGGAAAAAUAAAAGUUAACAUCUUGUUUGCAUUAAAUAUAAUAGUCUUUUUAAAGUACUGAAUUUUUCAGACAGCAUUCUUCUGAUUGAGGUCUGUUAUUGAUGUAAACUAAACUUGAAUAGCAGAGACUUGCUUAAUUUUUGGGUUCCUUACACUGUAGCUAUUACAUACUUUUCCAAAUAGCAGGACUAUACUUUAGUCUGAAUUGUAAGCCAACCCUUUCAUAAAUCAAAAAAGUCUUUAUCCAGUAAUAAGCUCUAUCCUGCAUGAUAAAGUCUCUUUCUUAGGGCUUAUUUGACAGUUUAUCAAAAUUGAAUUUCCAAGUGUAGAUGAGCCCUUAGAUUAAAACUGUAAAAUAUAUAUUAGGCUGCCACAGACUUGCUUUUGUUUCAAGCAGUAUAUGUUCAACUCCUAUAAGGACUCCUUUCCUGUUGUCCCAA